AAUGUCGUGUUUGGACCACAGAGAGUUUUAAAAUAUCUAGAGGCGUAAGACAAGGAUGCCCUUGUUUCCAUAUGUAUUUAUUUUAUGUGCUGAAGUAUUAUGAAGAAUUUAGAAUUGCAAGCAGAUUUAAAAGAAAACAAAUUAUAAUAACUGUGAAAUUUCCCCUGUCGGGGCUCUUAGCAUUCUAGUGUAAACUACACAUUACCAAACAAUAUCAGAAUUAUAAAAAUUAAUACAUGUAUAGUAGUCUUGGCAUUACUAAAAGAUGAAAUGAAGUGAAACAGAGUUUAACGUCCUACUUUUCUACACAAAGCAGACUAAUAAAGAAGCUCGUCUAUAUAAUGUAUUAAAACACAUCGAUAAUCCUAUAUACCAAAAUUUAUUUAUCAAGUAUCUAUGUUACUAACACCAAGUGGGGAAGUUCUUAAACAAAUAGACAGAUGAUAUUGAAAGUAAAGCCAGGAAAAAGCAUGUAUACGAAUGAACAAAUGUGAUGCAUAAUCGAUAAAGCCAAUAUGUUUGUGGAUGUAUCUUCAAGUCUUCCGCAAGAUAUGAUGGUGGUUGUGGUGGAAUUUGAUACCCAGCCCAAUAUUCUUACUGCGCUCAGAAACAUGGAUACAACUCAGAAUCAUAACAACUUUAAUGUUAUAUUAAUGUGUUCAAAAUAUUGUGUUACAUCUGUUCUCAGUCAGUCAGAUGGAUACGAAAUGGAAUUUGGCAGUUUUACAUCAUUUAAACACAGGUCGAGGUGGCUAAUAGUAAUGGAAGAGUGGAAAGAUUCUGAUUUUUAUAAGUCGUCCCUGGAUCAUAUCACAAUCGUCCAACACAGACAGAAUGUACCCCACAACCCUAACACAAUCCAGUCAUACGACAGAUAUUCACAAUACCAGUUCUUAACUACACAUCCUUUAAAAAACAUCACCCCAGCAAGUCAAUACCUUGAGAAAAACCUCGACUUACAUCAACUAAUGUGGCGCCCUGGACGGCAACGAGAGUUUAGUAAACGCUCGCUUAAUUGCUUACAGUGGAGUGAAGAUGAUAUUUUCCCUAAUAUAAAAUAUGCCUUAAAUGGAAUACACUUUAGAGUGGGGACAAAAGAGUGGGAGCCGUUUGUUAUAAAAGAUUCAUCAGGAACAGGUGACGGAUAUAAAGGUUUAUGUGUUGAUAUUUUGAAAGUCAUCUCAGCUCAACUUAAUUUUACAUAUAGUCUAUAUUUUCCGACUGAUAAUGAGUGGGGUAGAAGAAUAAAUGGUGAAUGGACUGGUUUAAUCAGAAUGCUACAGAAAAAGGAAGCGGAGAUGGUUGUGGCCCCCAUUGGAAUAUCUCCAGAACGUGAACAAGUUAUGGACUUUACAUUCCCCUAUCUAUUCAAUCAGGGGGUCGCAAUGUUUCGAUUACGGCACUUACAAGAUGAAAAAUGGUUAACUUUAAUCAAACCAUUAACAUGGGAAGUACUGUUAUGUAUUGGUGUAUCUUUAGCCGGAGCAGCUUUUAUAUUUCAUAUUAUUGAACUUAUUAAUCCCUUCUAUCUGACGUCACCUAACCAAUCAUUCUGUAGAAGACUGGAAUAUUUAUAUGGAGCGUUGGUAGCACAUGGUAGCACAAAUCAACCCGAGGCAAUGGCAGGGCGCAUAUUUCUUAGCUGUUGGUGGAUAUUUUGCAUCAUUUUGGCAGCUUCCUACAGUGGAACUCUUGUAGCAACUUUGACUGUCACCAAGGAUAAAUUGCCCUUUGAUACAUUGUCAGAAAUGGUAAAUCAGAAAGAGUAUACUUGGGGAACAUUUUCACAGACUCUCUACGUCCCUCUUUUUAGUGAAACAGAUGAUCAGAUAUUUCAACAGGUGUGGAGCGGUAUUGUUCGCGAAAAUCAAACGAACCCGAAUAUACUGAGCGGUGAUGCGGAUGUGCAAUACGAUUUGGUUUUAAACUCAAAGUAUGUGCUCUUGGCGGAUUCAAGUAUUUACGAUGACUGGGCAUCACGGAACUGUGAUAUUAAAAAGAUCAAGGAAACUGAUUUCUCAUUUGAUUAUUCCAUUGGUUUACAAAACAACUCAGCUUACACGCGUCAAAUAUCUCACAUAACAUUACUAGUACUAGAAAGUAAUUUGAUGGACAUUUGGAAAAGAAAAUGGUGGCGUUCAGAAAAAUGUGAUUCCAUGACCCAAACUAUUUCUACAGUUAUUGACAUUGCCUCCUUACAGAGUGUCUUUUAUUUUUUACUAAUUGGUUUAUUUUUGGCUGUAGUAACUUUGUGUUUCGAGAUGAUAUAUGUCUCCUCUAAAAAAAUAAAAACAUAAAACUGUAGCGGACGUAGAUUGAUUCCAAUUGGAACAAUUCGUCUGGUAGCAUUCAGAUAUUCUAUAAUAUAUUACUCUAUUAUUACAUAUCAUUCCGAUAUUCUAUAAUAUAUUGUAUAUAUUUUAUAUCAAUGGUAACAUUUCAUUCCCAUAUUCUCCAAUAUAUUACUUGUAUAUAUUUAUUUACAUAUAAUUCCGAUAGUCUCUAACUUGUAUAUAUAUUGUUACAUUUCAUUCCGAUAUUCUCUAAUAUAUUGAAAAGAAAACAAACCACAUUAUUUUAAGCUAGCGCUUUCAGUUCCAUCGGAACCUCUUUAGACUUUAAUAUGAUAGCGUAACUAUAUAAACAAAAAUAAUAGCAAUAGAAUGACGUCAUAUCCGAUCAGUAUACUAGGGCCUACUAUUAUUAUUAACAAUUUGAUGUCAAAUUUAGUUAAAUAUACUCUUAAAAAAAAAGUAGGGGAUAUUCAGAAACAAUACAAAACUGCAGAAAUGCACUGCUGUUUUUAUUAGAGGUAACCAGUGUAUGUUAAUAACAGGCCAAUUGCCUACACAUGAACACAAACAGUUCAUAUGGGCGGCUUAUCUAACGGUCCCAUUUCACUCGCAAAGAGAUACACUGUCAAAAGUGAAAAUGGGCGUUUUUGAUUUUUGUCUUAAUAAUGAGUAAUUGUUCCACCAAUCCUCAGACAUUCAGCAAUUUGUCGUGGCAUGCUAAUAAUCAACCGUUCAAUCACGAUUUGGGGCAAUCUGACCCACUCCUCUUGCAGUGCCACGGCCAAUUCUUGCAGUGUUGUCGGUUUAUGUGACGUCGACGAACAGGUAUUCGGAUCAAAUUAAACGUAAUACACUAAAACAAAGAUACGCUUAACAGAAAAUCUUAUGCAAGAACCGAUAGGAAAGCAAACAUGGAUAAGAUAAACCAGCAAGCGGCAGUUUUCAUCAACCCUUCCUUGAAGUGUCAAAUUUGACAAUGAACCCCUCCCACGUGUAUGGCGCUAUAAAUUGCGUGUCGCACAUGCAGCUCGGUGGUUCUGUUGGGGCGAUAAGUUUUUCAUCUGUGAACAUACUCUCAAAGCAUGUCAAGUGUCCAUGGCUAUUUAUUAUAUCACAACCUGCAUAGGUAUUUGCAUUUCAAUAUCCCCUUUUCCAUUGAAGUUUGUAUAGUUACAAAAGGUGGCGCCAAAAGUUAUAUCUAAUUUAGUGUACCAAAUUUCCUUUAUCCCAAGGACAGGCUAGAGUAUACGUUGGCUCUACUUUCGUUCCCAUAGCAAUACCUUUUAAUCAAAAUAAAAUAUAUUAUUGGAUAUGACCAGAUCAAGUGCGUUUAAUAUAAAAGAUUUUGUAAAACAAUCUGGUAUCUCUUCUGGAUUAUCUAUCCAGUACUCAAUAGCUUUAAAUCCUAGUGUUCGAUCAAUAUUAUUUCAUGUAUAUAAGUUUACUACAUUAAGGCUAAUAAGUGUACAAUCUGAUUAAAACACAGACCCAAUUUCGUUUCGUUUUUAUAGUUCAAAAUUUCGAUUUUACUUGUCUUUACUACACUUGGUUCUGGAAGCGUUGUUAUUUAACUCGUGUUCUGCUUGAAAUGAGGGGUCAGUCAAUCAAAUGGUCUGUCGAAUCGAACGUUUGACCUUUUUUGCGCGGAACUGUGGGUAGACAUUAGUGGCAUUAGAAAUCAAAACAAAGCAACAGUAGAUAAAAAAAAUACAUGGCGGUCGCUAAUUGGUUAAUCGAAUGACUGACGUAAUCGGGUCAAAUGUCGCUUGCAUUCGGCAAACCUCGACAGAUUCUACGCAUCUAAUCUCGGCUGUGUGACGAAUUCCGCCAUAUUGGAACUAUUUUAAAGGUCCCGGAUGAAAAAUGGUUGCGCCCAUGGAGAUUUCUGUGGAGAGUGUAUUAUAUCAACAAACGUCAAGUUUGGCAUUCGGUUUGGGGAAUUACCAGGGAAUUAUAUCAAACCAGCAGCCUUGAGACAAUAUCUCUGCUCGUUUAGUUAUAUACACUCGACAAAAGACGCCAUUUUGGGACUUUUUUGUAAAAGCGGCACGUUUCCUGUUAAAGUAAACCGGUAGCCGCAUCGCAAAUGUAUGGGCGUAGGUACAUAUCAAUUACUAUCAUACAGCCGAGGUUAGAUGUAGGGUACCGGAAUCUGCCGAGGUUUGCCGAGUGAUAUCGCUUGCUUGGUACCUGACGUCAUAGAACGUGAACUCCCACUAUAACUUGUUAGAUCUACAUAUUGGUGGAAGCGGACGUAAAAUACAACUAACUACUACUACUAUUGUAGUGUAGGCCAUCGAAAGUAUAAAAAACGAAACGAAAUAUAUGAUCUAUAUUUUAAUUAGAUUGAUAAGUGUACUACCUGGUUCUACGGAUUUAGGUAACUGGUGUAGAAAAUCAAUGUCUUCACAAAGAAAACUUUUAUCGUGCGUAUAUAAUGGUUUGAGAAUAAUAUCAAUAAAAUUACUGAGCCUUUGUGUACCAAUUGUUCGGCCCUCCAACUAUAGGUCUAAACUUGAGGUCUGGUGGAUUUUCAAUGCAUAUAACUAUACUUUUGUUAGUCUUAAUUUGUUCUUGGAUGAGUUUACUUUUAUGAAGUUUUGGAAAACCAUAGAAAUUUUGCCGUUUGUGGUUCGAAUUCGGUCAAAUAUUCAUAUUCUUUAUCAGUAAAUUGACAAAUGAAAUCUUUUAGAAAAUGCCUUAUAUUACGUUUUAUAUUACUAUUGAUAUUUUCACUAGAUGGAUUAUAGUAUUGUUUAUCUUGGAGCAUUUGUAAUAUAUUAGAUUGAUAUAAGGACUUGUUUAAAAUUACAAUCACCCCAGCUUUAUCAGCCUGUUUGAUAAUUAUGUCUCUAUUGUUUCGUAAAUUAAUCAGGCCUAAUUUCUCUUGCGCAUUAAGGUUAUUGUGUACUAUAAACAUACAUUAUGCAAGAGCUAAAUCUGCCUAUUGCAGGUCUUUCUUUAGGCCUGAAAUGUUUUUUUAAAAUUAUUAUUAAUUAGACAUUAAUUAACUUAACCAUGCCAUAAUCAACUCUCGGUGGCAUCGGAUUUCUCCGAUAUUAAAUAGAUUAGAACAGUUCAGCCAUAUUUUGAUUUAAACUAAAAAUGGAGGAGCGAGACCUGGCUUCGAACAACCAGUAUGGUGGUUGAAAUUAUUGCACACGUCUUGUCAAACCUCCAAAAGCUAAUAUCUUCGCUCGCAAUAGAGUGAUUUGAAUGAAAUUUUCAAAUUAUUCAUUUUACAUUAUCUAUUUUCGAACUAUUAUAUCAAGAAUGGCUAGCUAUUUAUCUAAAUCUUACAUAAUAUAAUAUAUACAUGGUUUUAUUUAUGGUUACAUUCAUUCUGAUAUUCUAUAAUAUAUUGUAUAUAUUUAUGGUUUCAUUUCAUUCCGAUAUUUUAUAAUAUAUUACUUGUAUAUAUUUUAUAUCUAUGAUCAAAUAUCGAACGUUAGAAUAGUUACCUUAAACAACUUCCAACGUGGAAGGUCUUAUGAGGCGCCGAUUUAGACUUUAUUGUCAACUCAAAAUAUCUAUAUGCUAAACUUUAAAAAUAUGACAGACUUGGUAAGUAUACUAAACAGCAAAAAAACCCAAAAAAAACGUCAAUGCGUUUUCAAAAUCAUGCAGAGGCACUUUAAUCAAAUCAUUCUAGAAAACGACUU